CUUGUAGAAAACGGGGAGAGAGAGAGAGAGAGAGGAAGAGACAAAAAUAAACAAGGCAAGGGCAGCGUACCUUUCGCUUUCCAUGUUUGCUGAGAAAAAAGGCAAUCCAAUCACAUACCCAAAAAACAAAAAUAAAAAAAAAUUAGAAAUUUCUUCAAGGAGAUCCUCUCCUUCCUCCUCAAAUCAACCAUGAAAUCAACCAUUCGAUUCUCAAUCUCUUCUUCUUGUAAUCCGUAGGAGGUUAUUUCUACUUGUUUCUUUUCUUUUUUCCUUUUAGGGUUUUGUGAAGAUGUAUAUCGAAGAAAUAAAUGGAGGAGAUCAAGAUGACAAUUCAUGCAGAAAAGUUGUCGUUUUGGACGCGAAGAGAGUCUUGGUAGGUGCUGGAGCUCGUGCUCUCUUUUACCCUACACUGUUGUACAAUGUUUUGAGAAAUAAGAUUCAGUCCGAGUUUCGUUGGUGGGAUAGAGUCGAUCAGUUUAUAUUGUUAGGAGCGGUUCCAUUUCCGACAGAUGUUCCACGAUUGCAGGCAUUAGGUGUGUCUGGAGUGGUUACAUUGAAUGAAUCAUACGAGACUUUGGUUCCUACAUCACUAUAUCAUGCUCAUGAUAUUGAUCAUUUGGUCAUUCCGACAAGAGACUAUCUGUUUGCUCCUUUGUUUAGUGAUAUAUGCCAAGCUGUGGAUUUCAUACAUGAAAAUGCCUCUCUUGGGAAGACAACAUAUGUUCAUUGCAAGGCUGGUAGGGGGCGCAGUACAACCAUUGUUCUCUGUUACCUAGUGGAACACAGGCACAUGACGCCCAAAUCUGCGUACGAGCAUGUGAGAUCUAUUAGGCCUAGGGUACUUUUGGCCUCUUCUCAAUGGCAGGCUGUUCAAGACUACUAUCUUCUCAAGGUAAAAAAAAUUACUAUCCCUGGCUGUAUGAUAAUUCAAAAAGCAUUAGAUCUUCCAACCAAAGAGGAUGGAAAACAGGACACCGCAGCUUUUGAUGAUGGAUCUGCUGUGCUGGUAACAGAAUCUGACCUUGAUGGAUAUGAUGCUACUUGUGCCUUGGGUGUUGUGGGUAAUGACAUGUUGAGAGAGCCAAGCCUGGCUUGCAAGGUUCAGUUUGCUAGUCAGGCUGCUAUCUCCAGACUUUCAUGCUUGUGGCUUGGGUACCAACCCGACCAGAAAUCCUCAACAAAGAAACUCAGAAGCUCCAUCAGGGCUAGUCAGUUGAGUAGCAUUACUGUGGACAUUCGGGUGUGUUGAGAUAUCAAUACCUACCAAGAGUUAAUUUAAGAGUUUCGGCGGGAGUGUUAAUUUAAGAGUUUCAGCGGGAGUGUAAUUUAGGAGUUUCAUUUUUUGUAUCUUUUUAUCCUAGAACACAACACAAGUGAAUAAAUGACAGACACAGUUUCCUCCUUUGUUUUCCUCCCUGUUUUGAUUUUUCCUAGUUUGAGAGUCUUGUGCAAAGCGGAGGACACGAAGAAGAGUACAGCAUCCCUUUGUUGUUCUGCCUGAUACAUCUACUACUGCAAGAUGGGCUAUUUCUUUCUUUCCAGGCACAAAGAAAUGGCUGGUGAUAGUGGUCACAGGUACCGUUUCUUGUAUCGAGUCUGAAUGCUUGUAAACGUACAUGAUCAAACAUGCUUUUUCUUCGAGCAAA